AUGGAAAGAGAUAUCUACUUGUUCUUUCAAGAGAUGCAUGUGAAAGAAUUGCAAGAACUGAAGCCCAGACCAUUUUGGGGAAAAGCGCUUAUGCCCGAGAAAGGAGAGCUAGAGGAAUGCGGUAGUAGUGGUGGUGGUGGUCAUGGUGGCAGCGCAGGUGGGGGCAGAGGUGGUGGUUGUGGUUGUGGUGGAGAUGGUGGUGGUGUGGAUGUGAUGGGAGGUAGUGGUGAUGGGGGUUGUAGAGGUUUUUAUGGUGGCGACUUUGGCAAUGCAAGUGGUGGUGCUAUGUAUGUGACGAUGGCUAUGGCAAUAGUGGUGGUGGCAGUGUUGUGGAGCGGUAGUGGUGGUGGGGGUCGUGGUGGUGGCUAUGGGGAUGGAAAUUGUGGUAGUAGUGGUGGCAGAGGUAGUGGUGGCAGUGGUGGUGGUGGUUGUGGUUGUGAUUGUGGUGGCGACGGCAGUAUAGUGUUUUUGAGAACCUG